AUGUCUAAAUUAAACACCAAGACUAGUGUUUCCUUACUCAAAGAUGAUCCAGAUAUCAGAAAUUAUGGAACCACUCAGCUAGAUCAAUACGUCUCUAUAGAUCAAUUAGUGGCAGAUGAAGAUGAAUUAGAACCUUUUAUCGAUAUUGAUGUUAGAUUAACCACCAAUGAAUUUAAAAGACGUUCAACAACAUGGUAUCAAUUUACAAAAUUUGUAUGGGAUUCUGCAGAUAAACAUCCUCAUGAACGUUCAUUCAUGUUGAAAAUUGAUGGAUUUUUAAUGUCUUCAUUAAUGCUUGGUUAUUUUAUAAAAUCUUUAAAUGGAUCCAAUGUCUCCACAGCAUAUGUUAAUGGAAUGAAGGAACAUUAUAAUAUGAAAGGUAAUGAUUAUAAUUUAUUAAACACACUUUGGUCAUUGGGUUAUUUAAUAGGUCAAUUACCUGCUUCUUUAUUAUUACAGAAAUUAUCACCACGUCAUUUCCUUUGUCUGUUGGAGCUUACAUGGGCUGGAUUAACAAUUUUAUUAAUAUUACCAUCAAACAUACAAACAAUAUGGAUAUUAAGAUUUUUUAUAGGUCUUACAGAGAGUGGAUACUAUCCAAUAGCACAAUAUCUUAUAGGAUCAUGGUAUUCAUCAUCAGAGUUGAAUAAGAGAUCAACAUUAUUUAGUUGUGCCGGUACAGCAGCUGGUCUUGUAUCAGGUCCAUUACAAGAAACUAUAUUACAUUCAUCAUUCAUCAUCAAUUCAAAUUGGAAACCAUUCCAAUGGUUAUUCAUCUUUGAUGCUUCAAUCUCAGUUCCAAUUGCCAUAUUCACAUUGUUUUCAAUUCCAAAUACUCCAAUAACUACAAAUGCAUGGUAUUUAACAUCAAGAGAUAAAUUAGUUGCAUUAGAAAGAAGAAGAAGAAUAGGUGCACAAAUUUCCAAACCAAAAGCUUAUACCAAAAGUCAACUCAUAUCUUAUUUCUUUACAUGGCAUGUUUAUGUUUUCCCAAUGUUAUUCUUCAUGUUUAGAUUAGCUUGUAUGGGUGGUAGUGGUCAAGGUUUUACAUUGUGGAUGAAGUUAGAUUUGAAAUUACCAUCAUCUAGAUAUAAUAUAUUCCCUGCUAUCUUAUGUGCUGCAAGUAUUGUUUAUAAUUUAUCAACUGCAUUUGUCAAUGAUUAUUAUAAGAUGAGAUUAACACCAUGGUUUUUAUCAUUAAUGUUCAUUGCAGGUGUUGUUAGUUAUGGAGGCUUAGCAUAUUGGGAUAUUCCAACUAAAUUUAAAUGGUUUUGUUUCUUUUUCUUCAAUAUUGCAGAUUCUUGUGGACAAAGUAUGACUUUCAGUUGGUUAAAUAAGAAUUUAGCACAUGAUGAUAUGAAGAGGAAUUUCUUACUUUCAAUGACCAAUAUGGUUAGUUAUAUUUUCACUACUUGGUUACCAUUAUUAUUAUUUAAUCAAGAUGAAGCACCAAGAUAUCAUAAAGGUUAUACAUUCGUUUCAAUAGCUUCAGGAUUUGGUCUCGUGUUUGUCAUAUUGACUUAUACUUUAAUAAGAAGAGAUGAUCAAGAAUAUUUCCAAAAAUAUGGUUAUACGCGGGAAGAACGUAGUUAUACCCAAUUAUCAUAUGAUCAAGAUUCAGAAAGUGAUCAAGAAGAAAUUCAAAGUGAUGCAGAGCUUCGUAGUGUCAAAUCAACAUUGGAUUUAGGUGUUUGA